CCCUCGUCUCUUGCUAUCCGCCUACAAGUAUGGCUGUUCUGUAAUUGUAAUAUCUGUUUUUGUUGUGUAAAUAAUCCUAACUUUUUCUCGACAAGCAACUUUUUUCCUUAGGACUUUAGCUUACCUGACCUAAAAACGAUAUUCCAAUCCAGAUCACCAUGCCAUCCGCCUGUGACUCUCUGAUUGAGGACAUUGAGGAUAUGGUGUCUUUUAAUGACCCCACUCCUCAUGACAGACAGUCUGCAAGAAAGAAUAUUCUGCCAAAGGCAAGAAAGAAGAAAGAGCUUUUGAGCAAUGAAGAGCUUCAAGUAGACAGUUUGAUCCCUGGCACCCAAAAGAUCUGGAUGAAAACGUGGGGAUGCAGUCAUAACAACUCAGAUGGGGAGUACAUGGCUGGACAACUCGCUGCCAGCGGAUACAAGAUAACAGAGGACCCAGCAGAAGCAGACUUGUGGUUGCUGAACAGCUGCACAGUGAAAAACCCUGCAGAGGACCACUUCAGAAAUUCAAUCAAGAAAGCCCAGGAGCAGCAGAAAAAAGUGGUUGUUGCAGGUUGUGUUCCUCAGGCUCAGCCCCGGAUGGACUACCUUAAAGGUCUUAGCAUUAUUGGGGUCCAACAGAUUGAUCGAGUGGUGGAAGUAGUGGACGAGGCUGUUAAAGGUCACUCUGUUCGCCUGCUGGGUCAGAAGAAAGAUGGUGGACGGAGACUUGGAGGUGCAAGAUUGGACUUGCCGAAGAUUAGAAAGAACCCUCUGAUUGAAAUCAUCUCCAUUAACACUGGGUGUCUGAAUGCAUGUACGUACUGCAAGACAAAACAUGCUCGAGGAGACCUGGCCAGCUAUCCCAUAGAGGAGCUUGUGGAACGAGCUAGGCAGUCUUUCCAGGAGGGAGUGUGUGAGAUCUGGUUGACAAGUGAAGACACUGGUGCUUACGGCAGAGACAUAGGGACAGACCUGCCUACGUUACUGUGGAGAUUAGUGCAGGAGAUACCUGAAGGAGCCAUGCUGAGGCUGGGCAUGACCAACCCUCCUUACAUCCUGGAACACCUGGAGGAGAUGGCAAAGAUUUUAAAUCAUCCCCGUGUUUAUGCCUUCCUUCAUGUUCCCGUGCAGUCGGCCUCAGACAGUGUCCUGAUGGACAUGAAGAGGGAAUAUUGCAUUGAUGACUUCAGAAGAGUUGUGGACUUCCUCAAAGACAAAGUACCUGGAGUAACAAUUGCUACAGAUAUAAUCUGUGGAUUUCCCGGUGAGACUGAAGAAGACUUCCAGGACACUUUAAAACUUGUGAAACACUACCAGUUUCCUAGUUUGUUCAUCAACCAGUUUUACCCCAGACCUGGUACACCUGCUGCUAAGAUGGAUCAAGUUCCAGCACAUGUGAAAAAGCAAAGGACUAAAAAACUCUCUGAACUCUUCCACUCUUACAACCCCUAUGACCACAAGGUGGGAGAGAGGCAAUUUGUGCUGGUGACAGAGGAGUCUUUUGAUGCCCAGUACUACGUUUCCCACAACAAGUUCUACGAACAGAAUAUGCCUGUACCCACAGGACACAAGGAGUUCUAG